GAGUGGUGACGUAUGCAUUAGAAAGAGGCAGGAGAUCCUCCGCCUUGACAUCAGCCUUGAGGAGCGCCACGCGCGCACUGUAACUCAGCUAUGGAAACACGCGAGCUUAUUCUCACAGUGUUGGUGCUCUACAGCAGCACAGUAUCAUUAAUACUCGCUCAAAAUGAGACCACGUAUCUGCGAGAGCUUCCCACUGGCCAGAAACUGUUGUGUAACCGCUGCCCUCCAGGUUACCGUCUGCAGAAGCACUGCACUGCGACACAUCAAACCAUCUGCAAGCCCUGUGAUGCAGGAUUAUACACCGAGGUCUGGAACUACAUUUACGAGUGUCUACCAUGCAGAUGGUGUCGGCCAGAUCAGGUGGAGGUACAGAAGUGCACGAAUUCCACUAACCGUGUGUGUGGGUGCAAGGAAGGCUUUUAUCUCGACUCGGACAUCUGCCGGCCACAUUCGGUGUGUCCAAGUGGAUACAGAGUCAAAGAAAAAGGAACUCCAGACAGAGACACGGUGUGUGAACACUGCCAGAAAGGAUUUCAUGCGGAUGGACAGUUGGGAAAUGCAUUGUGUGUUCCAUAUUCCGAGUGCAAAUCAGAGGAGAAGCUUUUGCUCCAUGGCACCAUUUAUAUGGAUAACGUGUGUGUUACCUGCAACAGAAUCACAUGUGAUGACUGGGUAAAAUUCAUCAUCCAGCCCUUUACUGCAGUCUUCAAGAAUCACAGUACAUGCAAGUUAUUCCACUUUAUUGGGCGCUUAACAACUUCAAAGUGCGGUUGCGUAUUCCGGUCUGUUGUAGAUCAGGACUUCUGUUUCCAGCAGCUGGAGGAGUGGUUUAGUAAGGCUACAGAGCAGCAGGUCAGCAACCUUCCCAGAUUGCUGCAGAAGGCCAGUAUAAGGGACCUGGCCAAAAACAUCAAGCAGAGAAUUAUGAAGAUCAGAAAUGAAGUCCGUCUGUGCAGAAACACUUUGCCUGCUCGCAAGUGAUUCCUGAGUUCCUUCAUCUUCAUUUUUUUUCAUUGCACUUAUAUUUAUGGAUAAAAUAGUCAAGUGGCCUGACUGCGUUGUAGCUAACUCAAUGAAGAACAACCAACGGUGCAAAGAUCACAUCAUCCAAUUGUAUUCUACACCUGCCCAUUUACAGUCAUAUAGGUCACUUUUGGGCCUCAGUGUCCCAUUCACACAGCUCAAGUCAACAGGCACUUUACUGAAACACUGGGUACAAUGAAGUACUGUAUACCAUAUAUCCCCCCUGAGCCUUAUUAAGUAAGAGAAAACUUAAGUUUGACAGAAAACACAUACAACAAUAUGUAAUAGUAAAAAAAAACAAAAGGAAAAAACGCAGAGAAUAAGGAAAUGUUCCUUCCUGAUCGGUCCUUUUUCAAUGCAUUGAGAUACGCUAUAUUGCCAAAAGUAUUCGCUCACCUGCCUUGACUCGCAUAUGAACUUAAGUGACAUCCCAUUCCUAAUCCAUAGGGUUCAAUAUGACAUCGGUCCACCCUUUGCAGCUAUGACAGCUUCAACUCUUCUGGGAAGGCUGUCCACAAGGUUUAGGAGUGUGUUUAUGGGAAUUUUUGACCAUUCUUCCAGAAGCGCAUUUGUGAGGUCACACACUGAUGUUGGACGAGAAGGCCUGGCUCUCAGUCUCCGCUCUAAUUCAUCCCAAAGGUGUUCUAUCGGGUUGAGGUCAGGACUCUGUGCAGGCCAGUCAAGUUCAUCCACACCAGACUCUGUCAUCCAUGUCUUUAUGGACCUUGCUUUGGUCACUGGUGCACAAUCAUGUUGGAAGAGGAAGGGGCCAGCUCCAAACUGUUCCCACAAAGUUGGGAGCAUGGAAUUGUCCAAAAUGUCUUGGUAUGCUGAAGCAUUCAGAGUUCCUUUCACUGGAACUAAGGGGCCAAGCCCAGCUCCUGAAAAACAACCCCACACCAUAAUCCCCCUCCACCAAACUUUACACUUGGCACAAUGCAGUCAGACAAGUACCGUUCUCCUGGCAACCGCCAAACCCAGACUCGUCCAUCAGAUUGCCAGAUGGAGAAGCGCGAUUCGUCACUCCAGAGAACGCGUCUCCACUGCUCUAGAGUCCAGUGGCGGUGUGCUUUACACCACUGCAUCUGACGCUUUGCAUUGCACUUGGUGAUGUAUGGCUUGGAUGCAGCUGCUCGGCCAUGGAAACCCAUUCCAUGAAGCUCUCUGCGCACUGUUCUUGAGCUAAUCUGAAGGCCACAUGAAGUUUGGAGGUCUGUAGCGAUUGACUCUGCAGAAAGUUGGCGACCUCUUCGCACUAUGCGCCUCAGCAUCCGCUGACCCCGCUCCGUCAGUUUACGUGGCCUACCACUUCGUGGCUGAGUUGCUGUCGUUCCCAAACACUUCCACGUUCUUAUAAUACAGCUGACAGUUGACUGUGGAAUAUUUAGGAGUGAGGAAAUUUCACGACUGGAUUUGUUGCACAGGUGGCAUCCUAUCACAGUUCCACGCUGGAAUUCACUGAGCUCCUGAGAGCGACCCAUUCUUUCACAAAUGUUUGUAAAAACAGUCUGCAUGCCUAGGUGCUUGAUUUUAUACACCUGUGGCCAUGGAAGUGAUUGGAACACCUGAUUCUGAUUAUUUGGAUGGGUGAGCGAAUACUUUUGGCAAUAUAGUGUACAUAAUGACAGAUGUCUACCUUUGUAUAAAAAUAUCUAGUUUUAAUUGGAGUUAGGCAGUCAAACAUUCUAUUUUAUUCAUAGAUUCAAGUUUUUCAGUCCACUGGGCCAUUUAUGGAGGGUGUGGCUUUAUCCAAUUAAUUGUCAUGGUUUUCUGUGCAUUUAAUAAGAGUAAAUGUAAAAUAUAUA